AUGGACAUGAUCUUUGAGACGGAGCGCUUGCCUGAUAUUGGCGAGUCUAUGGACAGCACGACUUUGUCAAAUUUCCCCGGUGGAAAAGGUGCCAAUACUGCUAUCGCGACUUACCGGGCAAGCCGCUCCGAGUCGACUAAGCUCGCAUUUGGACGAGCUGGCCAAGGCGAUAUUCGGGUAUUCAUGAACGGGGCAGUGGGAGACGACGACUUUGGGGUCGUGCUAAAGGCCAGGCUAGAGCAAGAUGGCGUUGAAAUCUCCGGAAUCCGCACCAUUCAAGAAACCAGGAGCGGUACGUGUGUUGUCAUCGUGGAGACGGAAUCGGGUGACAGCAGAAACAUAGCAUAUCAGGGAGCAAAUCUAAAAUGGACGCCUCGUCAACACACCUCGGUGGAGUGCUUAGCGGGUGGGGAGAAGCCAGAUCUGGUAAUCGCCCACCUUGGAGUUCGACGCGAGGAAGUCGAACGCGUGCUUGAGACGGCUAGCCGAAGCGGCGUCGACACGCUACUCAAUCCUUCUCCCGCCGUCUAUUUGGUCAACUCAACAUACAAAAACCUCACUCAUCUUGUUUUGAACGAGACCGAAGCUGCUUUGCUGUCUGGGCGUAAUGUUGAUGAGCUUAACCAUCUAACCGCUUGGCAAGAGGCAGUGGAGGACUUUAUUCAGUUGGGCGUCACCAAUGUGGUUAUUACGUUGGGGGCGAAAGGCGCGUAUUAUGGUACGAGCGAUGGGAAAAAAGGAGUGGUCGAUGCCGAGAAAAAUAUCAAUGUGAUGGAUACAACGGGGGCGGGGUAA